CAAUCCAGCUCGGGGGACGGGCCGCGGCGCGACCGGGGCCCAAGUUCGGCGCGCGGCUGGGUCUGUCCCGGGCUCGGGGUCGCUUUCGCGUCGGGAUCCUGAGCGUGAUGGAUUCGAAGACGAAAGUCGGAAGCCAGGAGUUGCUUCUCUUCGCGUCCGUGAUCCUGUGCUCGCUGGCGCCGGGCAGGGGAGCCGUGUACACUUCCAACCCCGAGGUCAAAAUUCCCGAGGAUAAACCCGCCAAGUUGUCCUGCUCCUACUCGGGCUUCUCCUCUCCCCGAGUGGAGUGGAAGUUUGCCCAGGGUGACAUCACCAGCCUCGUCUGCUAUAACAACAAGAUCACAGCUCCCUUUGAGGACAGAGUCACUUUCUCGAACACUGGCAUCACCUUCCACUCCGUGACCCGGAAGGACACGGGGAUGUACACGUGCAUGGUCUCGGAUGAAGGCGGCACCGCCUACGGGGAGGUCAGCGUCCAGCUCAUUGUCCUUGUGCCGCCAUCCAAACCCACGGUCACCAUCCCCUCCUCCGCCACCAUCGGGAGCCGGGCGGUGCUGACCUGUUCGGAGGCGGACGGCUCCCCGCCCUCUGAGUACCUGUGGUACAGGGAUGGAGCCCUGAUGCCUCUGGAGCCCAAGAGAAACCGUGCCUUCAGCAACUCUUCCUACAGCCUGAACCCCAAGACAGGGGAGCUGGUCUUUGAUCCCGUCUCGGCCUCUGAUACCGGAGAAUACUCUUGCCAGGCACAGAACGGGUACGGGACACCCAUGAUGUCCGAUGCUGUGCGCAUGGAGGCUGUGGAGCUGAAUGUUGGGGGCAUCGUGGCAGCUGUCCUAGUGACACUCAUUCUCCUUGGAUUCCUGAUUUUCGGCAUCUGGUUCGCCUACAGCCGUGGCUACUUUGACAGAAAGAAGAAAGGGACCGAGAGCAAGAAGGUCAUUUACAGCCAGCCCACCGCUCGGAGCGAGGGGGAAUUCAGACAGACUUCAUCCUUCCUGGUGUGAGCCUCCCUGGUCUCGCCGCCGCCGGACUCUGGCCCUGAAGCGCCGUCCACAGGAGGCCUGGCAUCUUCCAGCCCCGCGGGCCCCCUCUGUCUUCACUGGGAUGUGUUUUUAAUGUCAGCUCAGCCCCCCGCACCCUCCCCUCCUUCCUGGCCCUGCCCGCAGCUCCCUGUCCUCGAAGAUGCGGGAGCCCAGGGACCCUCAGCUCCUUCCUCCGAUGGUGGACAGUGCCCGAGGUCUAGGGGUGGUUUGCCUGCAUCAGUUUCUUCCGCCUCUGCGUCCCCCCCAAAGCGCACACCAGCAGACGGACCUCCCUGUGCCUGGAGGAGCCCGCCUGGUUGUGGGGAGCGUCCAAGCUUGCGGGGUGCGAAGCGGAGUCGCAGCGCUCGGCCCUGGAGGAGAAGCUGGAGCCCGCCCUGCCCGCACGUGGCCGCGCCCCGUGGGCCCGCGGGGUGGGCAGGAGUGCGUGCUCAGGGCUGCCUAGCUCUUCCGUGAGAUUGUGUUGGUGUGUUUGGAUGUUGCUGGAAAUAAAACCUCGGAUGGUGGAAGCUUC